ACCUUCUUGUUCGUGGUUAUAACAAAAUCCCUUUAUCCUCUCCCACCAGCUCAGAGCUGGCAAAACUAAAUCCACAUAACAGUGUGAGAAAAUUUGGGCAAAAAUGGCGGCUUCCAUACUGGCUCUCACUUCAUCACUCUCUUCUCUCUCAUUUUCGUCUCACGUAGCUCAGAACCCUAGCGUCGUCUCGUUUCCCAAAUCCAGAUCAGUGUCGUGUGGAACCCUUACGCGUACCCCUCGGCCGAUCAUCGCCUCUGCCUCGGUAGCUCCCCCAGAAGCUCUGCAGUCUGCGGACCUAAAAAAAUACGUGAAAUCGAGGCUUCCCGGUGGCUUUGCAGCUCAGACGAUCAUCGGCACUGGUCGUCGGAAAUGCGCAAUCGCUCGCGUUGUACUUCAGGAGGGCACUGGAAAAAUCAUAAUAAAUUAUCGGGAUGCCAAGGAGUAUCUUCAAGGCAACCCACUGUGGCUGCAGUAUCUCAAAGUACCGUUGGGUACUUUAGGAUAUGAAAGUAGCUAUGAUGUCUUCGUGAAGGCUCACGGUGGUGGGCUUUCUGGUCAGGCUCAGGCUAUAUCCCUCGGCAUUGCUCGAGCACUGCUGAAGGUGAGUGAGGACCACAGAGUACCUCUGAGAAAGGAAGGGCUGCUGACCAGGGACUCCAGAGUGGUUGAAAGGAAGAAGGCGGGUCUCAAGAAAGCUCGCAAAGCUCCUCAGUUUUCCAAACGUUGAUCUGCCUGCAUUUUCUUUUGCUUUCUCAUGACCUUGUCUAGUCUAGUCAUGCAAAGAUCCUACUUUUGCAUAUUAGACUAAUUGGUUUUUGUAGUAAAUUACUAACAAGUUGCAUUUGGAUAUGCUGAUGUAGAUUUGAAGCAAGGAAUUUGGAUUUGAUUAUUUAAAAGAAAAAAAAGAAGUUGCAUUUGGCUA